AACCGUCGCGCGGUACACACGCUGCUGGCGUUAAGAGUCGCCGCGUUACAGUUUCUGAUUGCCUGCAGCGAUGAAAUCACAAGAGGGGUGAGAGGAGGCGACGCCAGAGCAACAAGCGGCGUUAUAUCGGACCCUGCACAUCUGGAGAUGAUGUAAACUGUCUGCAGCGCUAGGAAAACCCGUUGUUGAUGGACAUUAUUAUCUGUGUGUUUGUACGUGUUGUUUACACUGUCAGUGAACCAUAUAUACACAGGCUGAUGAAGGCAACAAAAGUAUUUGACCACACUGCUACUCGCGUUAAAGCUGCACUUAAGUCAUCAUUAUCACAUACAGAGAACGUGUAGAUUAUUUGCAGUUGUGUAUUUGUGUGUUGCGAAAUGGUCCCAUUUACUGACUUCAUUUCUGCUCUGACCAGUCAAUCAGCACCACGCAGGCUUACAGGAAUCGUGAUUCUUUAGAACAAUGUCCAGGGCCAACUGGAGCCGCGCCACCUGCAAGCACCUCUACGAAGUUAACGGCACCAUCCAGCAAUGUUACUUCACCGACGACGACCUGCUACACGCCAUCUACUCCUACAUCGAGCCGAAGCCUCACGAAUGGGUAUUUACGGCGCUGUAUGUGAUUGUGUUCGUUCUGGGACUCACCGGCAACUUUCUCGUGUGUUUUGCGGUGUGGAAAAACCGCCAGCUCAGGACGUCAACCAACCUGUUCCUUGUGAACCUAGCUGUAGCGGACUUCCUCGUUAUUACGCUGUGUCUCCCGCCGUCGUAUAUCCAGUCCAUAUGGGAGACCUGGUUCCUUGGGGACGCCAUGUGCAGGAUUGUGGAGUAUUACCAGACGGUGACGAUCAUCAUAUCUGUCUUGACGUUGACGGCGAUCUCCAUUGAACGCUGGUUCGCCAUAUGUCACCCUCUGACGUUCAAGGAGACGAAACGCCGUGUGGUUAUUUCCAUCGUCGUCAUCUGGUUGCUGGCCCACGUGUUGUCGAUCCCGCGGUUGCUGCUGUUCAAAGAGACGCCCGACCAGAUGAUUCCACAGAAUCUGACGCUGCUGAUGACGUCAUGUACGCCGGAUAAAUCUAUGAGCAGCCUUGCUCUCAACUACGACAUUUUUAUAUUCGUCACGUUCUACCUGGUUCCUGUCGUCAUCAUGGGGUACACCUACGUCAGCAUCGCAGCCUGCCUCUGGUCCAGCACCAAGACCGGCUCACACCUCACAGAGGGGGAACAGUCAGCUGUGACAGCGCAACUACAAGCCCGUAGACGAGCUGCCCGGAUGUUGAUUGUGGUGGUGCUGGUGUUCAUUAUGUGUUUCCUCCCCAUGUACACGUGGAACUUGAUGAGAUUGACCGACAGUUCGCUGAUUGCAAUGAUCCAUCCUCAUUCGGUGUCUAUCUGCACGCUCUCAGCUCACUGGCUCGUCUACUUCAACAGCUCCAUCAACCCAAUUAUCUACAACUUCAUGAGCGGCAAGUUCCGGAAGGAGUUCAAGUCAGUGUGUGCCUGUAUCUACCUCCCUUGUGAUGGCAAGGACAUGCGCAGAUACAACAACCAUGAACUGGAGCCCCUUUCCACAACUAAAGGUGGACGUCGGUACAUUGGGAAGGACUCGGACUCCUAUGAUGUAAGCAGAAGUCGUACCGUGGUCACAGAAGCAUAAUAACACUUGACAAGGCGUACCGCAGUCACUGAAGCCUAAUAACACUCAAGUCGUACCGUAGUCGCAGAAGCCAAAAAACACUCGACACGUUUACCAUAGUAAUAGAAGACUGAUAACACUUUACAUGUCGUACCGUAGUCACAGUACCCUAAUAGCACUUGACAAGUCGUACCAUUGUCACAGAAGCCUAAUAACAAUUGACAAGUCGUAAUGUAGCAACAGUAGCAUAAUAACACUUGACAAGUCGUACCGUAGUCACAGAAGUAUAAUAACACUCGACAAGUCGUACCGUAAUAACAGACGCCAAAUACGACUCGACAAGUAGUACCGUGGUCACAGAAGCCUAAUAACACUCGACAAGUCGUACCGUGGUCACUGAAGCCUAAUAACACUCGACAAGUCGUACCGUAGUCACAGAAGCCAAGUAAGACUCGUAAGGCGUAACAUGAUAACAGAAACCUCAUAGGACUCGCCAAGUCGACCGUAGUCACAGAAGUCUCAUAAAGCUCACUAAGACGUACCGAGGUCACAGAAGCCUAACAACUCUCGACAAGUCGUACCGUAGUCACAGAAGCCUAAUAACUAUCGACAAGUCGUACCGUAGUCACAGAAGCCUAAUAACACUCGACACGUCGUACCGUAGUCACAGAAGUCUCAUAAAGCUCAAUAAGACGUACCGAGGUCACAGAAGCCUACCAACUCUCGACAAGUCGUACCGUAGUCACAGAAGCCUAAUAACACUCGACAAGUCGUAUCAUAGUCACAGAAGCCAAGUAAGACUCGUAAGUCAUACCGCAGUCACUGAAACCUAACACCACUCGACAAGUCGUACCAUAGUCACAGAAGCCAAGUAAGACUCGUAAGUCGUAACAUGAUAACAGAAACCUCAUAGGACUCGCCAAGUCGACCGUAGUCACAGAAGUCUCAUAAAGCUCAAUAAGACGUACCGAGGUCACAGAAGCCUAACAACUCUCGACAAGUCGUACCGUAGUCACAGAGGUCUCAGAAGUCUCAAUAAGACUCAAUGAUCAUGUGUCCAUGAUGGCGAUGAACUACGGUAUAUGGAAUAUUUUGCAGUACUCCCAUGCUGAGUAACUAAGAGUGGUCGCCUUGCUGUUCCCUAAUGAUAUUCGACGGACAACUGGAAUUGUUGCAGUGCUCACAGGCUCACAUGAGAACGCUGACGGACAUUGUCGCAGUACUGACAUGACGAUGUGUUAAAACAUAUGGACAAUGUUGCAGUGCUCACAAGGUGAUGUGCUAAUAUUUAUGGACAUUGCUGCUGAGGUGGUCGUGUGCUAAUUCAUACUAAAAUGUAUGGACAAUGUUGCAGUGCUCACCAGGUGAUGUGCUAAAACUUAUGGACAAUUUUGCAGUGCUCACCAGGUGAUGUGCUAACACUUAUGGACAAUGUUGCAGUGCUCACAAGGUGAUGUGCUAAUAUCUAUGGACAUUGCUGCUGAGAUGGUGUGUGAUAAUGCAUACUAAAAACGUAUGGACAAUGUUGCAGUCCCCAUAAGGUGGUGUGCUAAACUUAGAGACAAUGUUGCAUUGCUCACAAGUUGAUUUGCUAAAAGUUUUGGACAAUGUUGCAAUGUUCACAAUGUGGUGUGCUGAAACUAAUGGACAAUGUUGCAGUGCUCACAGAUGAUGUGCUAAAACUAAUGGACAAUGAUGCACUGCUCAUAAGUGAUGUGCUACAACUAAUGGACAAUGUUGCACUAAUCACAAAUGAUGUGCUAAAACUAAUUGACUAUGUUGUACUGCUCACAAGUAAUGAGCUACAACUAACGGACAAUUUUGCAGUGGGGACAAAGUGAUGUGCUAAGACUUAUGGACAUUGCUGCUAACAUGAUGAUGUGUUAACAUUCAUGGCGUUUGUGAAAAGGCUGUCAUAUUCCGUUAUUCGUUACUAUGAACAACGUUGCAGUAGUGUCAUUGCUAGGUACGAAUAUAUUUGGGUGUUGCAAUGCUACAAAAUGAUACCUUAUGGAUUAUGAACUCAGUGUUGCAAUGGAGCUGUACAAGGUUCAAGAGCAAGUCUUGGUGAUGAUUCUCUUUGGUGACAGUGUUAUACAAGCGUUGAAUAUAAUCAAAAAUAAUUGUAACUGAAAAUACCGUGAAUGGAGGUGGUGUGACGGUGCCUGAAUUACAUCCACCCAUCAUGACCUAUGCAUGUUGUGCUAGCCGUUCGUCUACCUGUUGUCCUACUCUAUGUACAAAUGUGGACGAGUUGGGUCAAAGCAUAUCGUACUGGUUAUUGACGCAGAUGUGUGACUCUAUAACGGUCUUAUUCCUUCAGUUCCUCCAAUACUUCUGGCACUGUCAUCAACCCCCUUCACAUGUGGACUUUUACUCAUGGUUUUAUUUACGUGAAUGUACAUAGGAUUGAAAUAAUUGUCAUGUGAACCAUAUGUGUGGAUAGAUACUCCUGGGGUAAAUUUGAAUGCCCAAAAGAAAUAUUGAAAAAGGAUAUUAAAAAAUAUUUGCUCACAAAAAAAUUAAUAAAUGUAAACAGGGUGAAUGUUUACGUUGAUUGGACAAAAUAGGAAGAUGUUCUUCACUUUGAAUAUAGAAGUUGCAUUCAUUGUUCGGACAUGUGGAACCAAAUUAUCGUCGUCAAAGGUUUCCCCUAGUCCACCAAUCAUGGGAUCGUUUCCUCAUCCAAAUUCUAUUUUCCUGGGCUUGUCCCAGAACAAGACCUGUACACAAGGAGACUGGAAAAUAUCUCUGCCUCUUCUGUUCACGAUGACUGAUGUUGAAAAGCUAUCUUCGAGUCGAGAGAUAACCUGUAUGUAGUCGUCAGAUUCCACCCAUGACAUAAUCGCAACGUCGCCCGAUCAGAAAGUAAAUAUGCACUCAAACCCCAUAUGCACAAAUACCCCAUGAGUAAAGGUCAGCAUGUGAAUGGAGACUUAGACAAGUUUGUCAGACGCCGGGUUUUUUCUAUAAUGUGUUUCCACAAUAUAAUGUGUUUCCACAACUAAUGUUGAACAAUGAUCGUGAUGAAAAUGUUAUGUGGUUGAUUAAUUCUUCUGCACAGAGUAGGGCAACAUACAUGUAUGUAAGUGAAGUUCUAGUAUUUAGACCACAAUUAUUUGUUACUCGAUGUUCAUAAAAUAAUCAAAAUGCUAGUCGAGAGGCAUUUAAUUUUUUAUAUUACACUUUAUAUUAAUGUCUAGGAAUACUAUUCAAGACACAUGUUUAGAUUAGCUUCAAUGGAUGUGAUUCACAAGAACAUGUUAAGCUGGACAAUGUAUAAUGUCAUCAGGUAAAGAAGGAUGUAACACACAGUGAUGUGAGGUGGAUGUGUGAUAGUGAGGCGGGCUGGGCUGAAAAUGUAAUACUUAAUUUAUCAUGGCCUUACUAUAUGGACAGAGGUUUCUGCAGAUCCUGCUGAUUGGGGUCGUCAGCAGGACCCGCGGGCAACAAAAUAUUCGUCACCAGUAUGUUUUUUGAGAGUUAAGUGAAGAGGGUCAAAAUGAAACCUCUUUACCUCGAACUCAUAUAACUCGAUAUGUCACUUGCUUACCGUCACUGUCUGCUUGUAUAACGUUCGCAUUAACUACAGAUUUCGAGGUAAUGAGGUUUUAUUUAAAUUUUAUAACACUUUUGAUUGUGAUAUAGAGUAGACACUGUUCCACAGACCGGUAGAGACAACGAAUUUGAAGCUACUUAAUUUGCUACGAAA